UGUGACCUCUCUUUGACCUUUGACCUACGUACCCGUGCGUGUCACCAGCCUCUGCCCGGCCCGCCCUCGCAGUCUUGCCCCUCCUCCACCGCUCCUUUCUGUUCCCCGCCCCCGUCGCAGGUGGGCGAUCAAAUCCUUGAAGUCAACGGCCGCAGCUUCCUGAACGUGCCCCACGACGAAGCCGUCCGAGUACUGAAAUCGUCGCGGCACCUGAUGAUGACGGUGAAGGACGUGGGCCGCUUGCCUCACGCCAGGACGGUGGUGGGCGAGACCAAGUGGAUCGCCAGCUCGCAGAUCGCCGACAGCUCGGCCGACGGCAGUCUGGCUGGUUACUCCGUGGACCAGGGAGCUUCUGCUGCCGGAAAGGCUGGUUUUUACAAGGGCGUGGCCGGAUCGCAGGUGACCUUGUCCAGCCUGGUCAACCAAUCCCGAGCGAUGCUGGAAGAGCAAGCGCGUCACCUUCUGACCGAGUCGGAGCGGCAAACCAUGGGAUACUACCUGGAAGAGUAUCGGGACGGACACGUCGGCGUGGAGCAGCUCGUCAUGGCGCUUUUCGAACUGCUCAACACGCACGCAAAGUUCUCCCUCCUGUCCGAAGUGCGCGGCCUGGUCGCCGCGCAGGACUUGGAGCGCUUCGACGGACUGGUGCUCCGCCGUGAAAUCCAGGCCCUCAAGGCGCGGCAGGGCGCGGUGGGAGGAGCCCCGCCCGCGCUGCAUCCGGACUCUCUGUCCGCCGCGUCGUCGUGCCCCGACGCUCCGACCUCGUCUUCGGCCAGCGUCGCCACGCUGAGCUCCGCACGGAACGACAACGCGCCGGAUCCAAAUCGGCAGGAUCCCUUGGACAGCCUGAACACGCUGCUGGCUGACGUCUCUCUGGAUGACGUACAGUCCGCCACAGCCGACUCCCCCCCUUCCUUCAAGCCUCCGCCCCCAUCAGGGGUACAGAGGCGCAAGAGUAGAAGAGACCAGCUCACCAAACGCCCCUCGUCCGAAUCCACGCACUCGAGCUCGCGCUUCGCGGCCGCCGCCGCCGCCAAGCAAAAGCCGCUUCACGCCCCUUCGUCCCCCUCGCUACAUCGCAAACGGGAAGCCCCCCCCGUCUUGCCUUCCCGGGACUACGCGGCCAUCCGAAAGAGAGAACACAAAAGCCCCGAUCGUUUGUCGCUGGUCGCCCGACCCAGUAUCGGCCCUUUUCCACGCGUCCGGUCCCCGAGCGGGGCUGCCAAAGUGGCGGAGGCACGCCGCCCUUCGCCGCCACCUGCGCCCCCGCUGCCCGCGCCUCUUCGUCCUCCGUCUCUUCCCCUUAAGCCGGCGACGAUGUCCAAAGCGUCGUCGCCGGGCUCUAAGCGGCACUUUGUUACGGUGGAGGUGCACAGGCCCAACGCCGAGCCCGACGUCAAUGAGGUGCGGCCGCUGCCCCAAGCUAGAGGUGGCGCCCUGUCUCAGCUGUCAGACAGUGGCCAGACUCUCAGUGAGGACAGCGGCGUGGACAUAACUGAGUCAGGACACGUCAGCAACUCCCACUCCUCAUGCACACGACACCCUCAAGACAGCCAGGGGGGCGGGGGGGACAACCCCACCAAACCGCCGGGGCUGUUGGAGCCCACCUCCACUCUCGUGAGGGUGGCCAAGAGUGCGAGCACUUUGGGCAUCGCCAUUGAAGGAGGAGCCAACACUCGACAGCCAUUGCCGCGAAUCGUCACCAUACAGCGAGGCGGUUCGGCUCACAACUGUGGUCAGCUGAAGGUGGGUCAGGUGAUCCUGGAGGUGAACGGGAUCUCGCUGAGGGGCCGCGAGCACAAGGACGCCGCCCGCCUCAUCGCCGAGGCCUUCAAGACCAAAGACAAGGACUUUGUGGACUUCCUGGUGACCGAGUUCAAUGUAGCACUAUAGCCGAGCGGGGACGGGCGAGAGAGGCGAGCCGGGGAAUUCAAGGACAAAAG